AUGGAGCCAGGGACGUCGCGUGAACUCCCGAACGGCGCGGGCUUCCCCAAACCGGCUGGUCUACGGGAGGAAACCCCGGGGGAAGAGGCGAAGGGCGGAGAGUGGAGCACCGACAUGUUGAAGCGGAGAGGAGGGGACGAAGACUCCGCGGAGGAGGUGAAAGCGCAAUGGGAGGAUGAAGCAGGACACCACAGUAAAACCAGAGAGGAAGAGGAUGCCGGCAAGCACGAGGAGGAGUUGGACCCAAGAAUUCAGGAGGAGCUGGAACAGCUCAACCAGGCCAGUGACGAGAUCAACAGGCUCGAGCUGCAGCUGGAUGAUGCCAGGUCCAGCUACAGGAGGAUCCUCACUGACUCAGCUAGGAAGCUCAAUGCUCAGGGCUCCCAGCUCGGCGCAUGCAUUGAGAAAGCCAGGCCCUACUAUGAAGCCCGCAGACUCGCCAAAGAGGCUCAACAGGAGACUCAGAAGGCAGCUCUGAGAUUUGAGAGGGCCGUGUCCAUGCACACUGCUGCCAGAGAGAUGGUGUAUGUGGCAGAGCAGGGCCUCUUGGCUGACAGGAACACCAUGGACCCAACCUGGCAGGAGAUGCUUAACCACGCCACCGCUAAGGUGAACGAGGCGGAGGAGGAGCGCCUCCGCAGUGAGCGGGAGCACCAGCGCGUCACACAGCUCUGCCAGGAAGCCGAGGCUCGAGUCCAGACCCUCCAGAAAGCCCUGAAGAAGGUCAUCCUCAAAUCCAAGCCGUACUUUGAACUCAAGGCUCAAUUCAAUCACAUUCUGGAGGAACAUAAGGCUAGAGUAGUACAGCUGGAGGAGCGGGUGGCGAAGGUAAAGACACGUUACUCUGUGGCCCUGCGGAACCUGGAGCAGAUCAGCGAGCAGAUCCACGCACAGAGGGGGCGGAUGAGGGCCAGCAGGGGCCGUCCUGCAGUCUGCGGGGGGCGGAGCUCCCCUGUAGGUGCUGAGGCUGAGGUCAGAGCCACCGUUGGGAUUCACAUCGGGAGUUGCAUCGGGACUAGCUGUGCGGGAGUCAGCGGUGUACAGAGCAACUGGGCGGAUGGAGAGAAAACCAGGCUGUGGGUGGAGAGACACAGAGAGAGCGGCUGGGGCCAGAGGGAGCGGCUGGAGGCGGAGCAGGCCAGCUCCGACUGCAUGUCAGUCAUCAGCCUGCAGACCAUCGCCUCUGACCUGGAAAAGUGUGACUCGGUGGAGCACCUGGGAGACAUUAGCGACGCUGGGAGUGUACUGGGUGAGGAGUGGGGCCGCAGCAGGAAGCCUAACCAGGAGCCAGGCAACAGGGAGAGAGUGACCGAGGGGCCCCAGCAGGAGAAGGGAGGGGUUACCAAAGAAAAGCAGGAGAUCUUCAUCAAGCAGCACUACAGAAGUGUUAGCCUAUGA